AUGUCGUCUUCGUUGUUUCUUCGUCAAGUUUUCCUCUUCAUCUCCUCUCUAUUCUUCCUCUUCUCCGGCGACGUCCCCUCCGCCGCCGGAGCUCCCACGCCGGUCGUAUCUACACGUGCGAUGACGAGACAAAGAAGGAAUAAGCAGCAAACGAUGGAGUUUUUAAACGCGCACAACGUAGCGCGGGUAGCUUCAGGUGCGUCGAGUCUCAGAUGGGAUCAAGGCCUGGCCCGUUUCGCAUCUGAUUGGGCCCAAAAACGUAAAUCGGAUUGUCAAAUGACCCAUUCAGGUGGGCCACACGGAGAGAAUAUAUUCUGGUAUAAAAGAGGUAUGAAUUGGACGCCGAAGAGAGUGGUUACGACAUGGGUGGAUGAAAGCCUGCACUAUGAUCGGACGACUAACUCGUGUGUAGCUGGUAAGAUGUGCGGUCACUAUACGCAGAUCAUUUGGCGUACAACCACAGCCGUUGGAUGCGCACGGGUCAGGUGUGACAACGACCGCGGAUUCCUAGUGGUUUGCGAGUAUUCACCUGGUGGAAAUUACGAUGGCGAAAGUCCCUUUGAUUUGCCUAAAUAA